AUGGAGCACCUAUUCCCAUCUUUUAUCCGCGUCAUACGUAAUCUCGAUGACGCUACUAGGCUGCUCGCGACUUUUCAAGAAUUCGAAAGCAACCCGUCUGCUAUCAGUGCGGAGGAUCGCGUUCGGUUUCUCGACUUUCCUGACUUCUCAACCCAAGAGGCAAACAUUUCCGCUACAACGACUCUUAGUAAGGAAGAGCUUUUAAAAAAGGCUGCUCAAUCGCCUAGAGCCCUUACUUCGUCUGAGGUUGAAUUACUUCAUAGCCGUUAUUGGGGACAAAUCAGCUUCCCGGAAGAAGAUAUCCGUUUCGAUUGUUUCGAGAAUUUAAGGCUAGUUUCUAAUGAAUACUUCUUUCAAACACUCGAGCGGCUUGAGAGAUUCCGAAGUUCUUUCUACGCGGAAUUCGAAGCGGAUGCAUUUAAAAACGCAGAGGCGGAGAUUUCCCGACGGGAAGAUAACAGAAGAGAAGCCGAGGAUAGAGCAGAUCUGGCACGGAUUGUCGAAUAUGGCCACCCCUGGCUACGCCAGCUGUGGCAGGAAGACGAGGGCAAAAAGCUAUGGGGCUAUACAAUUUUCCAAAGCUUUCAGUGGAAGCUCGAGGAUCCUGAACGGCAGGAGUUAUAUGAACAAAAACAAUCUAACUUAUUCCAUUGGGCGCACCUCGCUAUUAAUUCUGGAAUAAAGAUCGGAUCCCGGUGGUACCUUGAGGGCCUUGAUUUGCCAUCUGGAAUUGGUAGUGAUGAGUCUUUCUUAUCGACGUUAAAUCAAUUACGGAAGCAAUUUAACUAUCUCCGAUCUCAGCCUCCUAAGAAGCAAGUACCGUAUCUAUUUAUGGAUAUGGCUGAAGGCAAGAUUGACGCUAUUCCGGAGGGAAUUACCGAAGGCCUUCUUCGCAACGUUUUCUUAUAUCUGGAUCAUAGCGCUGCGGCGUCAGUCUUGGAUUCUCGCGGACCAGAUAGUGCAUGGAUCUGGGCUGUUGACCCAGACUACGAGCCAAAAAGCCAGGACGGCUCGAGUGGGUACCAAGGCUUUCUUCGCGUUCGUCUUCAGCAACUUCUCAAUAACUUCUACGUUGCCCGGCGCUGGCACGCGGACGAGUGGCCGAUGGAGGACUUAUGGAAUGCGGCCCAGAAGGACCCUCACAAUGCCUCUUUUGUUUCUAUGAAAGACGAAGAAAUCUUUGCGCAGAACUUGAGCCGGGAGGUUGCUACCGCUAUAAAAAAGUCCGAAGGAUAA